AUGGAAUCUUUGGCAACAACCAUUUGUUUCGUCACGCUGAACUGUCGAAUGAACUCCAACAAGCCGCUCUAUCCAAAUUUCUGCGAUAUCUCUGUGUGCCUUUUGCUGCACUGCAGGAAACACGCAUCAGAGAUAGGCCCGUCGUCAGCAUCGAAAAUUACACCAUAUACUGCGGCGAUGGUGAUGAGAAGAAAAUGCGCCUUUCUACGACUGCGGGAUCGCAGAGGACGUAAACUCUGGAUCGUAAGUGCUCACGUACCUACGGAAACCGCUGAGGACAAUAGUAGGGACGCCUUCUAUGAUGAACUCAAUGCGUUGAUGUUUAAAAUACCAAGCCAGCAGGUGGUCAUUGUCGGAAUCGACACAAAUGCGAAGAUGGUACUCGAACAGCAAUCCGAUGUGCUAGGAAAAUGGUAUUAUUCAGCGGAGCGCACGUCAGACAACGGUGAUCGUCUGGUCGACUUGUGCGAACAGACGGGCCUCAUCAUCGCUUCCACGUUUAGGAGGAAUCAUCGACGCCAUCAGCUCACGUGGCAAGGGUCAACCUUUUUAACGCCUGAAGAGCAGCGCAAGCGGAAGAUGAGGACUCUUAAGCUUCAACUCGACCACGUUCUGGCGAGGAACAUUCCUCAGUCAGAUAUCCGAAAAUCUAGAGCUGUUUGGGACGUCGCGUUCGACUCUGACCACCGUCCAAUUCUUCUCAGCUUCAAGAUACGGUUCCACAAGAGAAACCGAGGAGUCCCUCUUCAAACGAAAAUCGACAUGGCAGGUCUGAAAGACGAUGAAUGCAGAAGAAAAUUCCGCCAACGUGUGUCUAUUCAUACUGGAGUACGAACCAGGAAGAAGCUUAGCGAUGCGGAUUCCUUCACAAAGUGCAUCCAGGACGCUGCAAGGGAAACGCUUCCGGUUCUAUUGCCGCGGAAGAAGUUUGCCUUUGCAUCUGCGGAAACAAAAUUCACGUACAAUUUUGUAUGUGCCGCUCGCAGUGCUGGUGAAUUCAACCAGGAAAAGCGCCUUAGAAGGAAGCUGCGUCGUCAUCUGCAACAAGACCGCGAUAGCGAGUGGAUGUCAAGAGCGAUGGAGUUUGAGAAGGCGUGGGAGGACAGGAACCCGCGGAAAGCUUAUGCUCUUUUAAAACAGUAUAGGGCAAAACGAAAAGAUGUUCUCCAGUCCACAGCACUGCCAAUGGAGUAG